GCAAGACUACCUCUCGACCUGGACGUCAAUCGCAGUCCACACUUUUGCUCAUUUCCUGUGAUGAAGGAAUCCCUCUGAAUCCACAACCACCAUCGACCGCGACCAAGACCCGAUUCAUCCCCCACUAUUUCCGCCUUCGACUAGUCUAGGGGAAUACCUCGGGGGCUGUAGCAAGCAAGGCACGCCACGCUUGGUUUGGUUACGCCCUCGUCUGCGGCUCUGACGACGCAGAUUAGGAUGCUUGGGCCGCUUUCGCCGAUGCCGACUGCUGUUCCUCUCAAUCUUUCAACCCCUAUUAGCAACCGUCGACAAGAAAUUUCCGACAUCAUGGAUAUGGAUCUAGAUGACGCUCCUUCGAGGAGAAACAAUACACAACAAACUACCGCGGGCGACAACGCCGACAACAGCAAGAGCAGCGAAGCUGACAACACGACAUCGCCGCCCAUCGGUCGUGAUCCCUCGCCGCCGAAAUCUGCCCGCCCCAUGUCGCGCAUCAUCUCUGGCAACGAGCUCUCCCCUCUCAAGAUUCUCCAGCACCAGGCGCAACCGCAGCCAUUGCCGGAAAGCGCCGACUCCCCUCUAUCGCCCGUGGCAAAGAGUAUGGCCCCGCCCCCGCUUCCCCAAAGCGCCCGCAAAACACCCAUCAAGCGUUUCCCCGUCAAGGUCAACCCUUCAUUGCCUGGCAGCGAGACGACGCGCUCCUCGUCACGAGACUCGCAAGAUCGUCGGAUAAGCCUGCAGGACGUGAUACGUGAAAACGGAGGCAUCAAGCAAGCCAUCGACAUAUUCGAGGACGACGAUGUUGACAUGACCGGCAUCGAGGGAGACAGUGGUUCUAAGGACACACUGCUACAAAAUACGUCAGGCAAUAGCACGGGCAGCGAACAUGAACAGGCGACACGCGAAGAAUCCGUCUGCGAAGGGAACGAUACCAUUGUUAGCACAUUCAGCACAUUUUCGGCUGUCCCAGACCUCACCAAGUUUUCACAUAUGCGAUCCGAGAGCGCAAGCAGGUUCUCGGUGCUCGGUGGAGGGGUGUCGCCUGCAAAACAGACACCGCGCGUAAACGGCCUGGUGCCGGACAAUAAAACAACGACCGGGAAGAAGAGAGACUUCGACUCGGGCAACGCCUCAAACCUGCUAGACUUUACGGAUUCGUCACGAUAUGGAGGCUAUGGAGCACCACAGGCGUCGCCCACACGCCGUACCCAGUUCGCGUCGCCGCGGCCUGGUAGCACUGACACCACGACGCCCCAACGCCCGGGCAGCAACCUUUCCAACAUUCUCGAUUUCGACAUCCCACCGAUGCCGACACCGCGUAGCGUCCCAACUAUUACCCCGCGCGAACUCGAAACCCUGAAAUCGGGCUUCCUUUCUGAGAUCAGCAGCCUCAAGGCCUCGCUGAGCGGCAAGGAAGCAGAAGUCACGUCGCUGAAAACCGCUGUGAGCGACGCCGAGAAGCGGGUCGGCGAGUGCAUGGAACGGCUUCACGAGGUGGAGAGCAUGCAUGAGUCACUAGAGGCUGAGAAAAAUACCUGGGAGCGACGGGGGCGAGAAAUGGAGGCCGUGUUGCGGCAGGUCAAGGAGGAGAUUGUGCUCGGUCGGCGCGAGAGGGAGGAGCUCGAGUUCAAGCUGGACGAGGCCGAGAAGCGUCGGGAGGCGGCCGAGAUGAUGGCCCAGGAUGCCGAGAGCAAGAUGGCUGGCAUGCGUGCUGGUAAGGCCAGCGCGGAGGCCGCUGCUCACGAGUCGCCUGAUAAGGCAAGGGGACAGCCAUCAUCCAACAAAGAGGUGGAGAUGGCGGUGGAACGCGUGGCUCGUGAGCUUCAUGCGCUGUACAAGAGCAAGCAUGAAACCAAGGUGGCGGCGCUCAAGAAAAGUUACGAGAGUCGCUGGGAGAAGAAGGUGCGCGACUUGCAGACGCAGGUGGACGAGCUUGGCCGGGAGAACGAGGAGUUGCGAAAACAGAGGGACCAAGAUAAGACGGCGUUGGCGACCCUUAACCCGGCGCGGCUUACUGAGCUGGAGGAGGAGCGCAAGGCCGAUCGGGCGCGGAAUGCCGUGCAGAUCAGGGAGUUCGAGGCCGAGGUGGAGAAGCUCGUGGCUAUUCUCCAAACAGUCAAGGACGAUAACGACGAACUCAGGGCACUCUUGGAACAGGAGAGAGUUGAAAAGGGAGAACUAGUUCGUCUCGCCGAGGAGAUGAUGAGUAUGCAACAAGAACCGCCCGCGCCCGCGCCCGCGCCCGCACCUGCGCCUACCCACCUAUCGACCUCCAAUGGCCGGGGACGUGCCGACCGUAGGGGAAGCGAUGUCAGCGCCACUAGUAACGGCGACAGCGGUCAUCACGCGCCGCAGCCAGCGAGUAUGACCUCCAAGAUUGGAGCGAAGCCACGACUUGGUCUCGGAGGUGGGCCGGGAGCGGUACGUGCGCCCAUAAAGACACAGUCAGCAUCCGGAAUUGCUCCUCCGUCGGGCAUGGAGGGGGCCUUCCGGGCUGGUGGUGUCGGACGCCCAACUAGCAUGAGGGCGCCUGGAGGAAGUGGUCUCGGGCUGAAGGUCUCGGCGGGGACUAGAAUUGGGCUCGGUGGCGGCUCGGGUCAUGGAAGGGCUCAGAGCGCUACGACAUCAGGACCAAAUGGCGUGAGUGGGUUGCCGCGGCCGGGGUCGGGGAUGGGAUUGAGAGGUAGCGGGACCUUGGGUGGUGGUGGCUUCGGUGGUACGGGAGGUUAUCGGGGACACUGAGGAAGUGUGACCAAGCCUACUACAAGGACUAUCCAAGCCAAGCCUGGUUGCCCUCUUGUUAUGAAGGUUUCGAAGCAGCAAGACAAAGGAGGUGGAAACGAGGGGAGCAAUGGU